AUGAAAUUCUUCCAGCUCUCCCCGGCUCCAUACGCGUUGGCUCUGAACACGGCUGGGGCCCCUGGGAGCUGCGUCCUCGGGCCCUCCCCUCUCCACUGCACUUCCUCGUUCCAGCCCAGCAUCGCGCCUUCUGAACCAGCAGCGGGUUUGGUUUGUGGUUUCCUCUGUGCGUGUGUGCGCUUUUUAUGGAUGGAGAGGAGAGCGCGCGCAAAGAACCAGGGGCCCCCCGUGCCAAUGAGAUGCGCGGCUCUGACGGCGAGAGACGCAGCGUUGGCAGCCAUGCGUGAGAUGGGAUGA